UUAAUCGUUUCAUCGAUCGGAUGCAGUUUAGUGCCUGCGUUAGGCAAAAGUAAAGUGUGGAUAACAGAAUUUCAGAUAAGUUAUCGGUUAUCAGUGCGAAGCAUCAACGAUUUUGUGAGAGAGAAAUCAAACGUGAAGUGUUGUGGGAAGCUGAAAAAUUAAGAUUUGAACAGAAGGUUCUUCAAAAACGUGAAGCUGCUUUUCCGAAAAAUAUUUAGCUGACAUCAAAGAUGUCAGAAAUUUGGAGAUAUGCAGGAACAUUAUUAAUGUUCUUUGUGCUAAUGGUGGACAGUUUCAGCGAAAAUGGAUUCAUCCAAGAUUCCGAGUACCAUCGCAUGCCAAAGCUGUCCGAAAUCGACGACUACGAUCGGUGCAUGGAAGACAAACUUCCUGGAGAGGUCAGUGCCUUUUGCAUGGCACGAGUGGUCAUUCGACCCGAUAACGCCUCGGAUCUUUGGAGUUUAAUUGAGGAUGUCUCAAAGAACUUCAAAAUACAUGAGAAUCAUGCAAUUUUGGAACGAGGUAUUUGCAUGAAACAAUGCAAGCAACUGGUUCGAAGUUUACCGACAGCUACAAAAGAAGCACUAAGAGUGCCAAAGUUUCCAAUUAAUUUUGGAUAUCUUCUCAACAGAACCGUGCUCAAAAAAAUGGAAGUACAUAGGCAGUUGUACGAGGAGUCGGUCCAUAUCUGCGCCAAUUAUAAGCUCAAUGCGAGUUAUGGAUUAAUGGGUUACACUGAAAUUGAGUCCUGUGAAACCAGUGACGAAACGCUGGAAGUUGACUUAUUGGAUCUGUUCUGUUUGCUGCUUAUUAUGAUUCUGGUUAUGAUGGUCGUUUUAUCCAGUUGCUAUGACAAAUCUAUGAACAAACAGAAAAAUGUCGAACACUACAAGAACGAUUUAUACAGUCGAAAGGAUAAGCUGAUGGUCGCAUUUUCCAUACUACGCAAUUGGUACCGUUUAACGUAUCGUUCUAAAACGAAGAAAAGCGGUGAGCUCCGAUUUUUCCAGGGAUUUCGUUUUUUCACAUUGUUUGGAGUCAUGUGGGGUCAUGUGUAUUCCACUUACUUUUACCUAGCUAUUCAGAAUGGACUUGAGGUGGAAAAGGAAAGUCACAAUCUGUUCGCGAUGGUGGAGUGGGAAGGCACCAGGAUUGUGCAGACAUUUUUCAUAUUCAGUGCUUUUCUAUUGGCUGUGACGGUUCUUGAGAGUGAAGAAAAGCUGACCAAAUCUUCGGGAAUCCAUGUGGUACUAAAGGGAAUUUUCUAUCGUUAUGUUCGAUUGACACCAGCGUAUGCCUUGAUGAUCCUCAUCACUGCCACUUGGUAUCCAAAGCUACAGAACGGACCAUGGUGGAAGGUUAGGGCGAAUAUCGAUCGAUCACUCUGUCGUGAGAAUUGGUGGAUGAAUCUUUUGUACAUCAACAACUAUUCAUCGGCGCUGUGUAUGGACCAAUCGUGGUACUUGGGUUGCGAAUUUCAGUUAUUCAUUUUAGGAAUGUCCUUGCUAGUUGCUAUUGUUCGGUUCAAAGACCAUCGAAAUACAAUUCUUUCACUGGCACUGGCAGUAUCCUUGGUUUGGCCCGCCUUUACUAUCUACUUUGGCAAUCGAGAUGGGUCUUAUUUGGACGCAGUGCAAUACCGAAGAUUCUUCUAUGCGUUUGAUGACACCUUAACGGAAACAUAUGAAUCUCCGCAAGUCAAUCUUGGCAACUAUUUGAUCGGGAUGAUUACUGGAAUGAUUUAUCUCAAUCUACGGACCAAAAAUAUUGAUUUCAGCCAAAAAACAUGGCCAAGUUUCGCUUGGUUCCUUCUAGUUCCAAUCUGCAUCGGUACAAUGCUGUUGUGCGCCAUUUUCUACUGGAAUGACUUCCCGAAACCAUCGAUCUGGAUCGCAAUCUUUUUCCCGCUGUCGAAAGCCUCCUGGGGUGUCCUUCACUCCGUUGGCUUUUUGAGUCUCAUCUUUGGAGCCGUGCCCGUGAUGACCAGGAUUCUAAGUCAUCGCAUCUUCGAAUCAUUGGGACGGCUCACCUAUUCAGCCUAUUUGUGUCACAUGGUGGUACUACGGAUAAUUCUUCAUAGUUCACGAACACCGAUCUAUGUGAGCACCAUAAACAUGCUUUCACAUACAAUCAGCACAGCUGUGUUCUCCUACUUAAUGGCAUUAGCUGUUUAUCUCAUAUUAGAACAACCAAUCGUCGCCAUACUGUAUGUGAUAUUCGAGAAAAAGAAAGAACCGAUUACCACAAAAGAUUCGAAAAUAGUAAAUGAAAAAAAUCUCGAUACAACAAACGAUUUGAAAACCGUUGUUACCGAAAUAAAAAUGCCCAAGGACUGCAACAGCAACCUACUAAAAACCCAACAGUAUAGCAAUUAGAAUAGUUCUCAUUCUGUGUGGCAUGAAAUAGAAUAGUGCUCAUCCAUCAAAUAUAAUUCAGUGCAAAUUAAUGUGCAUACAUCGUAAUAAUCGAUUUUCGAUUUCGUUACUGUUGCACAUUCAACCUGGAAAGUCGACAUUAAGCAGUAAGGUUCAUUAAAGACAUUUGAACAGAGAAGAGUGAUAAAAAAAUUAAAAAUUUGUAAAUUAUGAAAAAAUCCAUAAUUGAGAAAUUUUUAUAUAGUGGCAGAGCUUGAUUUGGAAAAAGAAAUACAAUACCACUCAAUCGUAAUCGUAAGCCUAAAUGAGUAAAAACUUACUAUUUCUAAAGUCAGUGAUAAAAAGCAAGAGAUUGUUAAGCAACACAGUUCUUGUUUUAUGAUAGAUUGAAAUACCUGCAUUUGUAACAUUGAAAAUGCACAUAACUAGGAUACUAUAUCAUAAUAUGAACGACUUAGGAUACAAUCCUUCAGAGAAACAGUCGCACACCAUAUGUCGAAUUAGCUCAUAACUCUUUUAUUGUUAAUAAAUCCGGUAAAAUUUCUCUGAUAAUACAAUCGAAAAAUGAAAACUAGUAUAUGGCUUUAAAAACAUAGGUUUCAAUAUAUUAUUAUGUUCAA